AUGAGUGUUCUGGACGUGCUCGAACAAAUCCCUUGUGAAGAUUGGCCGGAAUUGCGAGAUUUGUUCCGUGUGGAUUGGCCAAAACAUGAAGUGGCGUUCAAUACCAUUCAGAACUACAUCAACUGGAUCAAGAUCGAUUUAAGAAUUAAGCAUUUGCAAGUGGUCAGUUUGAACGGAAGUUGGAGGCAGAAUGGAACGUAUUUGAUUGUGGAUCGCAAUCAAGUCUUCGCUUAUACGCUGGAAGAGUCAUGCGACACAUUAAUACGUGCAUUCCAGCUUUUGGACUGGGAUUACAGCUACGUGAUCUGUAGCAUACGGGACAGUCAUCAAUCUGCGCUAAUUAUUGUCCAGAAGUCGAUGCAAAUUGAAACCGUCUGGUACAAGGAAGCGUUCUUCUUCCACCUGCCCAAGGAGGAGUGUCUUAAGUUUGAGAUAGAUCUUCCGGAGGGUCUACGCUUGGAGAAGCUGGGAAUCGAGCACGGACUGUAUGCGAACCGGGUUUGGCCCCAACGUAACGAAGCUUCCGAGUAUUUCUUCAAGCGAUUGGCUGCUUGGAAUGCAUCGGUAGGGUUGUUCAACGAUUCCAAUGAACUGCUGGCGUGGAGCUUCCAUUGGCCUACGGGGGCUAUUGGUCCGCUGGAGGUACAUCCGGAUCACUACCGGAAGGGUUACGGAACUAUCAUUGCGAAGGCGAUCGCCAAGGAGGUUGCCAAGUUGGGCUUCAACUGCUAUGGAACGGUUUGGAAGACGAACGCAGCUUCAAUUGGGAUGUUCACCAAGCUAGGAUUCGAAUCGACGGAUUAUCAUCAUUAUACGAAGAGUAAGGCCAGGAAGCUGUGCGAAUGGGCAGAUUGA